AUGCAGUUAGGGGAGCAGCUCUUGGUGAGCUCGGUGAACCUGCCCGGCGCGCACUUCUACCCGCUGGAGGGGGCGCGGGGCGGUGGCGGUGGGAGCGCCGGCCACCUCUCGGGAGCGGCCCCCUCGCCUCAGCGGCUGGACUUAGACAAAGCGCCCAAGAAGUUCUCGGGCAGCCUCUCGUGCGAGGCAGGGAGUGGGGAGCCCGCAGCCGCGGGUGCGGGGGCCCCCGCGGCCAUGCUCAGUGACGCCGACGCCGGGGACGCCUUUGCCCGCACCGCGGCCGUGGCCAAGCCGGGGCCCCCGGACGGCCGCAAGGGCUCCCCCUGCGGGGAGGAGGAGCUGCCCUCCGCCGCCGCCGCAGCCGCCGCCGCCGCCGCCGCCGCCAGCGCGCGCUACUCCAUGGACAGCCUGAGCUCGGAGCGUUACUACCUCCAGUCCCCUGGGCCUCAGGGCUCCGAGCUGGCCGCGCCCUGCUCGCUGUUCCCGUACCAGGCGGCGGCCGGGGCGCCCCACGGAUCUGUGUACCCGGCUCCCAACGGGGCGCGCUACCCCUACGGCUCCAUGCUGCCCCCCGGCGGCUUCCCCGCGGCCGUGUGCCCACCCGGCAGGGCGCAGUUCGGCCCGGGAGCAGGCGCGAGCGGCGGAGCGGGCGGCAGCGGCGGGGGAGGCGGCCCGGGCGCCUAUCAGUACGGUCAGGGGGCUCCGCUGUACGGACCGUACUCCGGGGCAGCAGCCGCGGGUUCCUGCGGAGGACUGGGGGGUCUGGGGGUUCCCGGCUCCGGCUUCCGCGCCCACGUCUACCUGUGCAACCGGCCUCUGUGGCUCAAAUUCCACCGCCACCAAACCGAGAUGAUCAUUACGAAACAGGGCAGACGCAUGUUUCCUUUCUUGAGUUUCAACAUAAACGGACUUAAUCCAACCGCCCACUACAACGUGUUCGUAGAAGUGGUGCUGGCGGACCCCAACCACUGGCGCUUCCAGGGGGGCAAAUGGGUGACCUGCGGAAAAGCCGACAAUAACAUGCAGGGCAACAAAAUGUAUGUUCACCCAGAAUCUCCUAAUACUGGUUCCCACUGGAUGAGACAGGAGAUUUCCUUUGGGAAAUUAAAACUCACCAAUAACAAAGGCGCAAAUAACAACAACACCCAGAUGAUAGUCUUACAGUCUUUACACAAGUACCAACCACGACUGCACAUCGUUGAAGUCACAGAGGAUGGCGUGGAGGACUUGAACGAGCCCUCCAAGACUCAGACCUUCAUCUUCUCAGAAACGCAGUUCAUUGCAGUGACUGCCUACCAAAACACCGAUAUAACUCAACUAAAGAUUGAUCACAACCCGUUUGCAAAAGGCUUCAGGGACAACUAUGACUCCAUGUACACCGCUUCCGAAAAUGACAGGUUAACUCCAUCUCCCACGGAUUCUCCUAGAUCCCAUCAGAUUGUCCCUGGAGGUCGGUACGGCAUUCAGUCCUUCUUCCCGGAGCCCUUUGUCAACACUUUACCUCAAGCCCGAUAUUAUAAUGGCGAGAGAACCGUGCCACAGACCAACGGCCUCCUUUCACCCCAACAGAGCGAAGAGGUAGCCAACCCUCCCCAGAGAUGGCUUGUCACACCCGUCCAGCAACCUGGGACCAACAAACUAGACAUCGGUUCCUAUGAGUCUGAAUAUACUUCCAGCACCUUGCUCCCAUAUGGUAUUAAAUCCUUGCCCCUCCAGACAUCCCAUGCCCUGGGGUAUUACCCCGACCCCACCUUCCCUACAAUGGCAGGGUGGGGAGGUAGAGGUUCUUAUCAAAGGAAGAUGGCAGCUGGACUCCCAUGGACCUCCAGAACAAGCCCCCCUGUGUUCUCUGAAGAUCAGCUUUCCAAGGAGAAAGUCAAAGAAGAAAUUAGCUCUUCUUGGAUAGAGACACCCCCAUCCAUCAAGUCUCUUGACUCCAAUGAUUCAGGGGUGUACACCAGUGCUUGUAAGCGAAGGCGGCUGUCUCCUAGCUCCUCUAGCAAUGAAAAUUCUCCCUCCAUAAAGUGCGAGGACAUCAAUGCUGAAGAGUACAGUAAAGACACCUCAAAAGGCAUGGGGGGGUAUUAUGCUUUUUACACGACUCCUUAAAUAGUUAUUUUAACCUCGUCAAAAUGAGCUAACUUUUUGCCAAUGGACUUGGUGGUGUUUUUUGUUGUCUUCUUUGUCUAGGUUGCCAAAAAGACGUUUGCCUUCCACCCUGAUGCAUCCCGUUUUGUGCAAUUCUCUAAAAGAAGGUGCCAAAGCUUUUUGAUUGCUUCAGGUAACUGAAACAAGCGUAGCAUUUUUUCUUCUUUUUUAAUAAAAUUAAUGGAGGACUUUCAAGUGUUUUUAAAUUUGAAGGUGAUUCAAAGUUAUGGAUUUAUUUAUUGGAGACACUAGACAUUCAGAGAACUGGGCUGUGAAGAUUGAGUGCCUAGCACCAUCAAAGGUGUUGAAAGCUUUGGUUCUCAUUUUUAUUUGUAAAUCUGUAAGCAAAUAGAAGCCCAGAGUGGUAAGAUGUUUUGCUUCUGGAAUAGAAGGGUGGGCCUUAACCUUCAACAAGGGACUUUUGCUGUUAACUUUCUGCUAGGGAUAAAAGAUGUUAGGCCUGGGAGGCAAGAACUUUGUGAAGGUGCUGGUUUGACCUGACUUUGAUUCUUCCCAGGCUUUUGAAACAAGCCAUGUUUGCCCUAGUCCAGGAUCGCCUCAUGUACUAGGCCUCUGCUGUGUGCCUGGGUGGCUUGUAGGACUUAGGAGACAGCAAGGGAGGG